UCUUAGUGUUUCGCAGUUUUGUUGGUGCAUUUAGUCUUUAUUUACCCCAAAGUGUAAGGCAGCCCUUGGGCGCCACGGUUUAGUACGAAAGGGAGCGUCCGGGUGCUUAGCCGGUUUGCCAUGUCAAAUUGAUUGAUUGCUCUAUCGGCGCGGUUUGGGCUUGAUCAUUCCCCGAUCCAACACAUUGAUUUUGUUCAUCAGGUAUGAAAGGUGAAAACGAAUCGAUUUGUAUUUAUCUAGCAGUGUACCAUGUGUCUGCGUGUUGCCGUGUUUCUCUAAACCGAUGAUCUAUCGUGCACGACACACCUACCUUCGAUAGUUUGUAGCUGAUUUGCGGAUCCGUAUCGCGUUUCUCUAUCCCACUCGUAUUCCGGUACUUCAUUGGCGUUGAUCGUGUAUUUCUGGUUGCGAUCGUGAUUGAAGCAAAGUAAGGUUAACGGCAAACUAAAACAAACACAAAAAUAAUGCACACCAAACUGGUCCUUCUGCUGUCGAUGGUGGCCUUAUCCGUGCAGAGGGCUAUGGUUGCUGGCAAUCCCAUCAGGGGUGCCGUUUUCUCUGAUGAAAGUUGUCGCACGACCGGGGUGCUGGUUUUUUAUCGCAUCAAACUGGUAACCAGUUGGUCAAAAAAACUAUUUCCGAAGCACUAUCCAGAAUUUAGACCACCGCCCCAUUGGAGUAUGACGUUUGGUCAAACGCACAACAACAGCUUUCAAUUAUUUCAUUUAAAACACCCAGCUUCGGUGCCAGUAGCUUCCUUUGCAGAAACUGGGCAAACUGCAUCUUUGGAAGAAUCGUUGUCCCUUCAACAGGACCUCUUGUUCGAUGAGUUCCGACUUCCCAAGAUCCGUAAGGGCAAGGGCGAAAGUGAAGCUACUUUUUUCGUAGACGGGACGCAUUCGAGUGUAUCUUUUGUAACAAAGAUAAUACCUUCGCCGGACUGGUUUAUUGGGGUGGACUCGUUUAAUCUGUGUUCGAGAGGGCGAUGGCUUGAAAAGGUAACGAUCCCACUUCAUCCCCUAGAUGCAGGAACCAGCAGUGGGCUCACAUUUACCUCACCGAAAUGGCCAACGAAUCCCCGAGGUUUGGUGGAACGAAUCACUGCUAGAUAUCCGCUUCAUUUCGCUAGCAGCUUUUUCUAUCCAGAGAUCAAACACCUUCCACCAAUAGCUCAUGUCACGUUCACCAAGAUUAAAGAAUACAACAAUCACAACAACGUCCACAAGAAGGUGAAGAAACUCAAAUAUAAACAGCGCACGAAGUUGUUGAAAAAAAUAAAUAGCCAAUCAUCCAGUGCCGACACUAUAGUAUCCAAUAGUGCGGGAAAUGAAAUCCUCUCGAACAAAGACUGUCGCGUUAGUGACUGGUCUACCUGGAGUCCUUGCAGUAAGACAUGUGGGCUUGGUAAAAGAAAUCGUACUCGCAACGUUCUACAAAGCCAUCGUCUUGGUGGAGUUGAAUGUCCAUCACUAGUUGAAACGCAGUGGUGCGGAUCGGCUCGUCAGUGUUCUGAGAUAGACAGUUACUUUAAAUGGUAGAGAUUGCGCAUAAAUAAAAUAGGGACAAUGUUGCUA